AUGGAGCAAGAUGAAGUCACUGAGCCUGGGCUUCUUCGCCCGCAAUACCCCGGCGAUGACACCCGACCAACAAGUAAGAAAGAGCUUAUCGGGUGGUAUAGUUAUGGCUGGGCUGCAGAGGUCUUUACAGUGUGUGCAAUGGGGUCAUUUUUACCUAUCACAUUAGAGCAGAUGGCUCGAGAACGCGGCGUCCUGUUCUCAGACAAAACAACACCAUGCACUGCAACCUGGAAGACUCCGGAGAAUCUCCAUGCUAAUUGGCAGAACACUAAAGCCGCUGUUUCGGGGCAGUGUAUUGUUUACAUUCUUGGAGCCGAAGUCAACACCGCCAGCUUCGCGAUGUACACUUUCUCCGUGAGUGUUUUCAUUCAAGCCAUUCUGAUUAUCUCAAUGUCAGGUGCUGCAGACCACGGAAGCUAUCGCAAGACACUUUUGGUGACAUUUGCGGCCAUCGGUUCAAUUUCUACAAUGUUCUUCCUCUCUGUUGCCUCGAAACUAUACUUACUCGGUGGGCUAUUUGCGAUUGUGGCUAAUACCUGUCUCGGGGCAUCAUUUGUACUGUUGAACUCUUUUCUACCCCUAUUGGUCCGAUAUCAUCCUUCGUUACUCAAGCAUGCCAAUCCGACGGAAAGCGACGUUCAAGCAACUGCCAUGGAUGGGUCGCGAACGCCGCUUCUACAGGCCGACGGUGUGUCUCCAGACGAAGCGCCUUUGUCAGACGCAUCAAAGGAGUUGAUACUGUCCACGCAGAUAUCGUCGUAUGGGAUUGGCAUCGGCUAUAUCAGCGCUGUCUUGCUACAAGGAUUAUGUAUACUUGUUAUUGUCCGGACCCACCAGACUACGUUUUCGCUGCGCGUCGUUCUCUUCUUGAUUGGUCUUUGGUGGUUAGUGUUUACUAUACCUGCGGCUUUCUGGCUUAGGCCGCGUCCUGGUCCUCCAUUGCUGCGUAUGCAGGACGGCAAGGCCCAGCAGUCAUGGCUUGGUUACAUGGCGUUCGCUUGGAAGUCGCUUGGUCGAACAGCAAUGCGGACGCGACAUCUGAAGGAUCUUCUACUAUUUCUUGCAUCGUGGUUCCUCCUGAGCGAUGGAAUCGCCACUGUUAGCGGGACCGCUGUUCUUUUCGCCAAAACCCAGCUGAACAUGGAACCAGCAGCGCUAGGGAUGAUUAACGUGAUAACAAUGAUUUCAGGAGUUCUAGGGGCCUUUUCUUGGAGCUACGUUUCACGAGCAUUGGACCUCCGCGCCUCCCAGACUAUCAUCGCUUGUAUCCUCUUAUUUGAGCUUGUACCCCUCUAUGGUCUAUUGGGAUUCAUUCCGGCCGUCAAGAAUCUCGGCUAUUUGGGGCUCCAAAGACCGUGGGAAAUGUUCCCAUUGGGAGUCGUAUAUGGAAUCGUUAUGGGAGGGCUCUCAUCGUAUUGCCGAAGUUUCUUUGGGCAGCUGAUUCCUCCCGGUUACGAAGCAUCUUUCUAUUCGCUUUACGCUAUCACUGAUAAAGGAUCCAGUAUAUUUGGACCGGCGAUUGUUGGGUUCAUCACGGAUCGUUAUGGGGAGAUUCGUCCUGCAUUCUUUUUUCUCGCGGUGCUUAUCCUUCUCCCUCUGCCGCUAAUGCUUCUUGUGGAUGCAGAUAGAGGAAAGCGGGACGCACUUGCCUUGUCGGAUGUGCUGGAAGAGCAUUCAAGCCCCGAAGAGCAUAACUAUGGAACAUUCCCGCAGCAGCAGGCUCCACAAGGCUCUUGA